AGUCUAACGUAGUAGAUUUUUUCUUGGAAAAUGAUUUUGGGAGAGAAUGUUAGUGUUGGUUCAUCGUGGAGCAGGGAUGAAGAUAUUGCUUUCGAGAGAGCACUUGCAAUCUAUGCCGAUGAAAAUGAGAAUCGUUGGGAAAAGAUUGCUUUAGUUGUUCCAGGGAAAACUAAAGAACAAAUUAUAGAGCAUUACAAUGUUUUAGUUCGUGAUGUUACGAUGAUUGAAUCUGGACUUGUACCUCUUCCUGCUUGUUUUGGCUUUUCAGAAGAACCAAAUCACAAUGCUAGUGGUCAAGGCAAAAGCGCAUUGGAAUAUGGCGAAUAUCAUCGUAAGACACAUGACAAAUCAAAACCAAAGCAAACAAGAAAAAGAGGAAUUCCUUGGACAUCAACUGAACACAGACAAUUUCUUCUUGGUUUGGAGAAAUUUGGGAAAGGUGAUUGGCGUAGCAUUUCUCGUCAUUUUGUCUUGACAAGAACAUCAACUCAAGUUGCAAGCCAUGCUCAAAAGUACUACCAACGUCUUAACUCAAAGAACAAACACAAAAACAGGGCAAGCAUUCAUGACGUUACAGUUGCAGGAGACAAACCAAAACAAAGAGCAAUCACAUGGCAAACCUUUGCUUCUACUUCCAACAAUCAACUCAUUCAACCUGCUUCGCAACCAUCACUCGAGCUUCCUAUACAUGGAAGACGAAACAUAUGGAACACACAAGCCACUCAAGCCAUUUCACAACCACCAGCGCUAAAUCAUCCUACUGCAUAUGGUGUACCUACUACCAUAUGGAACGCAGCCACUCUGCAGCCGUCAGCCAAUUUUCAUGUGUAUGGAACGCCUACCAUAAGCCAACCGAUGGUUGGACCAAUGCUCUCACCUUUUGGAACAAACAUGAACCGUUUGGCUCAACCUCACAUGACUUCUGGAGUUCAUUUCGUACCUUCCUACUCGGGUCCUAAUGCACCGAUCAACAUGGGUUCAAUCCCAUAUGACAUCAAACCCAAAGAUAGGUCUUAA